UUUGCUCAAUUGAACACAGUGAAGUCAAACGCUCGGACAUCCUGCUGGAAACUCUUGUGGUUUUGAGUGAAAACGAAAAGGAAGAAAAGUCAACCACAGUUAGGCUACUUAGGCUACUUCUCUACGACGACAUCUAAAGCGACGGUUGAUCAGAUGUGUGUAGUAAAUGACAACAGUCGACAGGUCUGCGCUGUGAUCGCGGGAUUAAAUGUUUGCUGUGCUGAUGGUCUCUGCUGCUGCUGCUCGCCCUGCAGCCUGCAACACUAACCACUAAUGUGGAUUCUUAAUACACGCCCGCAUUUCAGUGAAGCUGCUCGUCAAUUUACUAUAGUUUAGCCUACAAGUCGUCAUGAUGACUCGGAUUUUCUGGGAUACAAUUUUUCUCAUUAGCGGUACUUUUAGUAUGUCUGUGGUACUCGAUGGUUCGCUCUUUACAUUCGGAGCAGGGCCGAGCAAUUCAGCAAUUAUUGAAGCCAGCAUUUCCCUCGAUACAAACUCCACUGCUGCUCUGAACACCUCAGCAAGCAGCUCUGCAACCACCAGCAGCAGAAGUACAACUACCACAACCAUUGCAACAACUACAACCAACGUUCCUCAAGUUAAAGCUUCCCUCUUUACAUUUGGAGCAGAGCUGAGCAACUCCACAAUUAUUGAAGCCACCUUUUCCAUAGAUACAAACUCCACUGCUGCCACGAACACGUCGACACACAGCUCUGCAACUAGAAGCACAACUACCACAACGAAUGAAACUACUACAACUAACAUCCCUCUAGUUAAAAAGUUUGUGGCAGCGGCUGUUCGGUCUCAUUUUGAUGAUUGUCCAGACUCCCACCGCCAUUUCUGCUUCCACGGCACAUGUCGCUUCCUGAUAUUAGAGGAGACACCUGCAUGUGUGUGUCAUCCGGGCUUUGUUGGGAUGAGGUGUGAGCAUGCAGACCUGCUUGCUGUAGUAGCGACUAAUCACAGACAACAGACUGUUGCCACUGUGCUGGUGUUGUGCGUGAUUGGGUGUGUUCUCAUCAUGGUGUUGUGUACACUUUUACAUUUCUGGUGGAGGCAGGACUGUCGCAGGCAGAGCCACGCACAUCACUACGCCCCAGAGAAGCACAGAGCAUCCUGCUGUCCUUCUGAGAGUGUGGUUUGAGAAGACAUCUUGCUGGAACAUGAGCCGUUUGCUUCACGCCGUGUUUAGUUUUCCUCAUCCGUCCGGCCCACAACCCCUCAGGGAUACAUCCAAAGUGGUUUUCACAUGUCCUGGUCAAACGGACCUGGCCACAGGCAAAGAAGCGUUAUCAUCAAUGUGGCUAAGGUAGGCCGGCUGGAUGUGGGAGGUUAAAUGUUCCGUGACACUGACUAGGAACGAGUUUGCUUCACUCUUUGAUUCUGUGGAAAUACACGCAGAACUGCAACAUGCUAUUUGAAGCUCUGAGGACGAAGCUGAUGCCAAAUCCUACAUGGGAAGAGCUCCGUGUGUCCUGAUUACUGUUUAUGGUUGGCUAGAGAACAUGAGAAAUGAUCUACAAGGCCAUUAAUCAUCUGCAUGGAUGUUGAAUAGGAACGGUGUUUAACAAUUCAUUUACUAAAGUCAGAAGACCCCCAUUCCUAUUUUUGUCUUUUAAUAACUUUGAGCACUUUUCAGCAGAACUCUACAAGCACAGAGGACAUUUUUAAGUUGGAUAACUGAUGCUUUAACCAAGUUUUAGUGUCUGUUUUUAAAAAGGAACUCACUUCACCUGACAGGAGUAGGAAGUGUUAAAUGGGCUGACGGCUGAUGGAUUAAAAACCCUGGAAAUCAGUAAUUGUACACAAAGCUAACCCAUAAUAUUGCUCCAAUAUGUUUUGGAGAAAGAAAUCAUCCAAUGAUUUGUUUCCAAAUGAUUUGAUGACUCCAGUAUUGCUACUGAAGCUGAAAUAUUUGUCAGUUUUGUCUUUUUAUUCCUGAGCUGUACUUGAACUUGUUCAUACAUCAGAGGCUUUUGAUUUGCAAGCUAUAACUGUAACGACACAUGAACACCUUGGGGGGGGGGUGGCCAGGUUAUUCCAUGGUCUUAAUUGUAUUGUUGCACGUCUGCAAGCUUGCUGCCCAUGAAAAAAAACUGCACUCACUGCACUUGAAAAAGUGUCCACAUAACGAGAGAUGCCAAAUACAGUAACUUACAUUAUUCUUAACUUUGCCUGAAAGAGCACUGAAGGGAAGAGGCACUCAGUUUGUACACAGCCACCUGAGCAUGCAUGCACUUAAAUCACAGCUUGUGUCUUUUUAAAGAAACACAAAACACUUUUUUUAUUUCAAUAGCGGUGUGUUAUAGCAUUGUCUCUGCUUUGAAUUUAAAUACUUUUUUAAAGAGAGAAAAGGCCUCUGAAGGUUGAUUUUAAAAGACAAUAUUUAUAAUUGUCUUAAAAGUCUGAAAUGAUAAUUGGUGAAGGAAUACAAAAUAAUGAUUACAAAACUGACUCAGAUAUAAAGUGCGUAUGAGCUUUGUGUGAUAAGCCACCAUAAAACGAAUGUGAUGGUAUUUAUAUGCCAAAAGACUAUGAGGGGAUGAUAUGCUUGUCUUUGUUUACAUUAUGGGAUGAUAUUUACAUUCAGAAUGUGUAUUAAAGUUUAUUACAGCAUUUUAUGUGUAAAUAUCAAAACCACAGAAAUUUUCUGUGUGUAUAUACAUACACACAUGUGUAUUGGGUGUCAAUCUGAAGAGGGUGAUCUUCUCAUGCAUUACUUUGUCAGACUUAUGUUGUCACAAUUGGGAAAACCUCUAUUAUGUGCAUUUGUUUUCCAAUGAAGAAUUAAAAAUGCAAGUGUG